AUGGAACCUUCCAUUUCAUUUGGAUUUAACCUUUCAGCUGAGCUCGCCCUCAUCAUCUUCAAGUAUGUGGCACAACCACAUUUUGCUCAAUAUGCACCUUACACCAAAGACCCAUACUCGUCUGCCCUUUCACUAUGCCAAGUCUCCAAAAUUGUCAGGUGCACUGUGCUGCCUGAACUUCUGCACACAGUAUUAUUGCCAGAAGCUCACCACCUAAUCGCUUUCGUACGGGCUCUGCGUAUGCAGAAAACAUAUCUCGAUCAACAACAUGGUCUAGCUUUUGAUUAUGCAUCUUGCGUGCACAAGAUGUCGAUUGGAGAGUUUUGGUCGCCUGUGCAACAUUCAGCUUAUACAUUCCUUCCCCCUUCUAUGGCUGAGCUUGACCGGGAGGUCGACAUCAGUCUGUUGGCUCCAGUGAUCCUUGGUGCAUCGUCCCUUGUGGCAAUCGCCUUUGAGAGUUUAGAUCUUCUUUUAAGGUCCCUCAAAAAGACGUGUCACUCCGAUGUUGGCCACAGAAAUUACCCACUUCCUUGGAGCACGAAAAGUUUGACAUUAUCGAGUUAUCUAUCUGACUCAUGGUGGAUGUUUGUGGUGUCUGUCCAUGGUCGUGCUUUCCUCGCUUCCAUCCAACACUUCACCCUAUGCCUUUCCGCAUCCUUCGAAAAAUGUCUGCCCUUCCAGUGCAACUGCAUUAGCGAAAUUGAAUAUCAAUAUUAUAAACCUUUCUACAUGCUGCCUGUGUGCAUCGCGCGUGCUCCUUUCAAAGGACUACAAACAUUCUCACUGGCCAUUCUGCACAUCAAGCUCCCGGUCACUCACCGCACGCCUGAGGCCCAGGAGAUAUGGGUAAAGCUAAUCACAUUCCCUGCUUCCAUGCUCCUGGACCCUUGUACACCAGAGGAAAUGGAGUCGUUUAUUGUGACUGCAGCGGGAUAUGCUCCCUAUUUUCCACUCCCAGUGUUCCUUUCUUACAAGUUGACCGAACUUUGA